UGAUCAUCUCAGACCUUUGCCAUGGGAACCACGCUGCACAAAACUGCGCUGCUGCCGAUGUUGGUGACGUGUGACUCCUCACGGUCCUCUCGUUCGUCCCGGUGUCCCGGAAGUCUGCCGUAUGUUGAAGGCCCUGUGGUGCCACUUUGCACUGGGCAUUUUCCUGAGAGGACCUCGGCAAGUUUCCCCUCUUGGAUUGUGCACUUCUAUGGAGGGAACUGUCGUCGUUGUCGGGAAACAGCUCUGAUAAUUCAAGAUGUCGUAUCACAAGAAGUUGUGAAGCAAAGCAUGUUGAAAUUUGGCGCAGUGGAUUGCCAGGAAGAGCAAAAUCGCAGUCUUUGCAAGAGUUUAAACAUUUGGAAAUUUCCAGUCUUGAUGGCAAUGGCAACCAGUUCACGCUACACUGGACCACUAGACGUCAACUCCAUGAUUGAGUGGAUGGAAGAUUUGUUGCGGCCCGAUGCCCUGAAACCGGUCUCAAAAGAACUUGUUGUUUGUCCAGCCUUUGAACUUUAUGAAGAGCCCAGAUUGGCCACAGAAUUCCUGACAGCGCACAAUAUUUUCCGUUGUACUGCAGGCCUUGCCAUGCUGGAAUGGGAUUUACAUGCUUUCCAAACAGCUCGAAAGUAUGCUGAGAAAGCUCCAACGGAUAGCUUGUCUCACAGUGACACAGCAGAGCGGAAGAAUCAGCGAGGACAGAUCUACGGAGAAAAUGUGGCAGUGGGCCACGGUCUUUGGCCUGGGCAAGUUGUCGCCCGUUGGCAUGAUGAAAUUCGCAACACCCAGGGUGGGAAAUUCCGACCCAACCGCGCUGGCUUGGGACACUACACACAAUUGGUUUGGCGAAAGACACUGAGAGUUGGCUGUAGCUUGGGUCAAAACAAACGAGUGGCUGUGUGCCACUAUGAUCCGGCUGGAAAUGAGAAGGGAAAGCACCUCUCGCAAGUUGCAGCCCCUCUGCCAGGUUAUCAUGGCAUUGAAGGGCAGGAACGCUGUGGUGCGAUCGUUGAAAGGAUCGGUGCUUCGUGAAAAAGAAA